GGCUUCCCCACGAAGUUUUGCCUGAAAAAAAAAAUUACAGGGAAAAGGAGAGAGAGAGAGAGAGAUAUGGUUUUCAAUUCAUUUGGGGUCCGUGGACUUUCCACUGAAUUUCAAGAUAGCACGAAAUCCCUCGAAAAGCCAGAUAGAUAAAUACGUGAAAGACACUGAGAUUUGUUCUUCUUCUUCUUCUUCUUCAUAUGGUUCCAGACAAACAGAUAGAGACAAGGCUAGAAAGAAAGCAAGAAAGAGUUAGGAGGAGGAGGAAGAAAAGGAGUUCCAGUUCUUGUCAGAUUUCACAGGCAAUAAAAACCUAAAUAGAAAUCAUACAAGAAAACAAACACUACUACAAUUAGCUGUCUUUCACUCCUCUUUACCAAGAAAAAAAGAAGAAGAAGAAUGGCCGAGAAGCAACAAAACCUCACGACAGCACCAGCACCUGCAAGGCCUACAAUAACUCUUCCACCAAGACCGUCCAUGGAGACCCUUUUCACAGGUGGCUUAAGUCCUGGUCCCAUGACUCUAGUCUCCAGUUUCUUCGCUGAUAGCCCCUACCCUGAAUCAGAUUACCGUUCUUUCUCCCAACUUCUUGCUGGUGCUAUGGCUUCUCCAAUUGCCAGCCCUGCUUUUUUCAAUGACCAUUCAAUACCCAGCAACAAUACUAAUACUGCUACUGCUACUGCUACUGCAACUUCUUCAAAAGAUGAUGGUUUUAGGCAAAGCAGGCCUAUGAAUUUGGUAGUGGCUCGCUCUCCGUUGUUUACUGUCCCUCCUGGGUUGAGCCCUUCUGGUUUGCUUAACUCUCCUGGCUUCUUUCCUCCUCAGAGUCCCUUCGGAAUGUCCCACCAGCAGGCCUUGGCACAGGUUACAGCUCAUGCUGCAUUACUCGCCCAAUCUCAAAUGCAUAUGCAUGCUCAGUACCAGCCUUCUUCAUUAACAGCACCAACUGAGUUAUUGACACGCCAUCCAUCCUUUAACCCUGGUGAAGCUUUGCAACAGCAGCAGCAGAUGCCACACUCAACCUCUGACACCCAGAAUUCCGUGGUGGAACUGACAGAGUUUUCUCAUUCUGAAAGGAAAUACCAACCUCCUGCUGCUGUUGAUAAACCUACUCAUGAUGGCUACAACUGGAGAAAAUAUGGGCAAAAGCCAAUUAAGGGUAGUGAAUAUCCAAGAAGCUACUACAAAUGUACACAUCUAAAUUGUCCAGUCAAAAAGAAGGUUGAGCGUUCUAGUGAUGGCCAAAUUACCGAGAUCAUCUACAAAGGCCAGCACAACCACGACCUGCCUCAACCCAACAAGCGUUCAAAAGAUUGCAAUGAUUCAAAUGGAAGUAUCCAUUUGCAAUCUAAGCCUGAAGUUGGUUCACAAGCUCAAGCGGGCAAUGCAAUCAAGUUGACUGAAACAUUACCUGCUCAUUCAGUAAUUGGGAGGGAUCAGGAAUCUACUCAAGCAGAUCCCUCAGAGCCACCUGGACCCAGUGACAGCGAGGAAGCAGGUGAUGCAGCUGUGCAAGAAGAAGAGAGGGGUGAUGAUGAGCCAAACCCAAAGAGAAGGCAAGUGGAUGUUGUGACAUCUGAGGCAACUUUACCUCACAAGACAGUCACAGAACCAAAAAUCAUUGUUCAAACGAGAAGUGAAGUUGAUCUUCUGGAUGAUGGCUACAGGUGGCGCAAAUAUGGCCAGAAGGUGGUCAAAGGGAAUCCUCAUCCAAGGAGUUAUUACAAAUGCACCAGUGCAGGAUGCAAUGUUCGUAAGCAUGUUGAGAGGGCUGCAGCAGAUCCCAAAGCCGUCGUAACUACAUACGAGGGAAAGCAUAACCAUGAUGUCCCUGCUGCUAGAAACAGCAGCCAUAAUACAGCCAACACUAGUGCAUCCCAAGUGAAACCUCAAAAGGUGGUGACCGAAAAGCAUCCCUUGCACAAAGGAAUGGAGUUUGGCAACAAUGACCAAAGACCAGUGCUUCUACAGCUAAAAGAAGAAAAAAUUGCUGUAUAAAAUACUCUGCUGAUAGCUGCUAGACAAUUACGAGGGUAAUUCUUGCCAACUAACAUGGUACAAAGAAGAGACAUGGAGAAGAAAAUAAUUAUUUGAAGUUGUGAGAAUCCAGCGAUAAUGGUUUUGUUUCUGUUUUUUGUUACAUUUUUGGGAUAAAAUGCAGUGAUGAUAGUUGCUGCAUCUGUUGACCAUGUGUCAAGAAAUGUUGGUUGUACACGAUUGAUUCUGUAAGUGCUGCUGUAUAUGAUUGAUUGUUCACGCCCAAGUGAAGAUGAGAAUAACUAAUGCUUGAAGAUAAUUUAUCCUUUUUGUGCA